AGACGUUACUUCAGCGGAGUCUUCAUAUUCCUCAAAAAACCUCUUUUCAUCUUUUUUAACUUAAUUGUUAUACAAAACAAAAUGCGUGAGUGUAUCUCAGUACAUGUCGGGCAAGCUGGUGUCCAGAUUGGUAAUGCCUGUUGGGAGUUGUACUGCCUUGAACACGGRAUUCAGCCUGAUGGUCAAAUGCCCAGUGACAAGACGAUCGGUGGUGGCGAUGACUCGUUUAACACAUUUUUCAGUGAAACUGGUGCAGGAAAACAUGUUCCUAGGGCAGUUUUUGUCGACUUGGAGCCAACUGUAGUAGAUGAGGUAAGGACUGGCACCUACCGACAGCUCUUCCACCCAGAGCAACUUAUCACCGGCAAAGAAGAUGCAGCCAACAACUAUGCCCGAGGUCAUUACACCAUCGGAAAAGAAAUUGUUGACCUUGUUCUCGAUAGGAUUCGCAAACUGCGUGAAUGUAUCUCAGUACAUGUUGGGCAAGCUGGUGUCCAGAUUGGUAAUGCCUGUUGGGAGUUGUACUGCCUUGAACACGGAAUUCAGCCUGAUGGUCAAAUGCCCAGUGACAAGACGAUAGGUGGUGGCGAUGACUCAUUUAACACAUUUUUCAGUGAAACUGGUGCAGGAAAACAUGUACCUAGAGCUGUAUUUGUCGACUUGGAGCCAACUGUAGUCGAUGAGGUAAGGACUGGCACCUACCGACAGCUCUUCCACCCAGAACAGUUGAUCACUGGCAAAGAAGAUGCAGCCAACAACUAUGCCAGAGGACAUUACACUGUUGGCAAAGAGCUCAUUGAUCUUGUUCUUGACAGAAUUCGAAAACUGGCUGACCAAUGUACUGGCCUCCAAGGAUUCCUUAUUUUCCAUUCCUUUGGUGGUGGCACGGGCUCAGGGUUCUCUGCCCUGCUUAUGGAACGUCUGUCUGUUGAUUAUGGCAAGAAGUCUAAGCUGGAGUUCGCAAUCUACCCAGCCCCACAGGUCUCCACAGCUGUUGUUGAGCCUUAUAACUCCAUUUUGACCACCCAUACCACCUUGGAGCACUCUGACUGUGCUUUCAUGGUAGAUAACGAGGCUAUCUAUGACAUUUGCCGUAGAAACCUUGACAUUGAGAGACCUACCUACACCAAUCUCAAUCGUUUGAUUGGUCAGAUCGUAUCAUCCAUUACAGCAUCCCUGCGCUUUGAUGGUGCCCUGAAUGUGGACUUGACUGAGUUCCAGACCAACUUGGUACCCUAUCCACGUAUCCACUUCCCCUUGGCAACCUAUGCCCCAGUCAUCUCUGCUGAGAAAGCCUAUCAUGAGCAGUUGAGUGUAGCUGAGAUCACCAAUGCCUGCUUUGARCCAGCCAAUCAGAUGGUCAAGUGUGACCCACGUCAUGGCAARUACAUGGCAUGUUGCCUUUUGUUUCGUGGAGAUGUUGUACCUAAAGAUGUAAAUGCUGCCAUAGCAACCAUCAAGACUAAGAGGACCAUCCAAUUUGUUGACUGGUGUCCAACUGGCUUUAAGGUCGGCAUCAACUAUCAGCCACCUACAGUUGUUCCUGGAGGUGACUUGGCCAAGGUACAGCGUGCUGUCUGUAUGUUGAGCAACACCACAGCCAUUGCAGAGGCCUGGGCUCGUCUUGAUCACAAGUUUGACUUGAUGUAUGCCAAGCGUGCUUUUGUNCACUGGUAUGUUGGAGAGGGUAUGGAGGAAGGAGAGUUCUCUGAGGCUCGUGAGGAUUUGGCUGCUCUUGAGAAAGAUUACGAAGAAGUUGGUGUUGACUCUGCGGAGGAGGAAGGCGAAGAGGAAGGAGAAGARUACUAGRCAUUUUCUUUAGUAUUGUGUUUUUGCAUGUUUAUUGAAGGGAAACAGUCGAAAAUAAAUGGAUUUGGAUCUUG